UUCGACCCAUCUAAUUGUCCCGCCAACGAAAAAAGUAAAGCCGCCAAGAUGUGAUUUUUUCGAAGGUGGUGAAAUGAUAAAGACCUAACAGAGAGAGAUCGAGAGAGAGAGAGAUCGAGAGAGAGAGAGAUCAUCAAAGGGUGAUAAUGGAAUCAGCUCCGACGGGAUGCUUCAAGUGUGGCCGUCCCGGUCACUGGUCUCGCGAUUGCCCAUCCUCGGCUCCGGUCGCCGGUAAUAAUUCCGUUUCUUCUUCUUCCGCUCCAUCUCAGAUCCCUAAUAAUGACAAUCAGAGAUCCUCCAAGAAAAGUGGAAACUCCAUAGGGCCAGUUCCUAAAUUGACGAAGACCAGAGUUCAAAGACCCAAGCUGACUCCUGAGUUACUGCUCUCUGAGGAUGGUCUCGGUUAUGUUCUUCGCUAUUUCCCUAAAUCCUUCAAGUAUCGUGGCCGAGGCAAAGAGGUGAGCGAUUUGGGGAAUAUGAUACGGCUGUACAGUGAGUGGCACUCUCAUUUGCUACCUUACUAUUCCUUUGAUCAGUUUGUGCAUAAAGUGCAACAAGUCGCUUCUACUAAACGUGUCAAGAAUUGUAUAAACGAACUGCGAGAAAGGGUUGCCAGCGGAGUUGAUCCAAACAAGUUAUACGAAAAACAGGAAAAAAAUACUGGUCCUUAUGAUGAUGAUCAAGGUAACCUAGACAUGGAUCAGCCAAGUCAUGACGAAGAGAACAUACCAUCGAGGAGUGUUGACGUUGACGCUGAUGUUGAUGCAUUUCAAGACAGUAUGUUGAAUGAGAUAUUUGAUAAUGCAUCAAAGCUACCUAGCAAUGAACAAAAUAUGGAUAAAAGCAGUGAACUGACAGAAGAGCAAAGAGAACGUAUGGAAGCUAAUAGAUUGAAGGCAAUGGAAAAGGCUCAGAACAUUUCCGAAGAACAGAGAGUACGUAUGGAAGCUAAUAGGCUAAAGGCGCUGGAAAGAGCCAAAGCAAGGGUUCAACCAAAUCAAGAUUAGCUUAGCUGUUUGUUUUACUCACAUGCUCAAUUUACCGAAUCUUUUCGUUUUGGUGUUCCCAUUACAGUUAAGAAUUGUAACAGAGUCUUAGCAUAUGUAUGUCUGGAACUGUUUUUUUUGUGUGUGUUGCUCCGGUUCGAAAUCGGUUUAAGAACUAUCGAACCCAAAAUUAUGGACCGUUGAUUCGUUCCACAGCCAAGGCUGAUCAUUGGCACAAUAGCAGAUUUGUCUUUUUCAA